GGCAUCUUCGUAUUUUCCAAUGGAUUUAAUUCUAAUUUUCCGUUUGUUUACGUAUGUGUUAUGACAAAUCCCCAUAAUUACGGGUUAAUUAGAUUUAAGUUUUAUCUCGGAGAGUGGGGAAAAAAAUUAUUUAUUUUCACUGAAUUUUUUUGAAAGGAUUUUCUUUUCUCUACCUUCUCUUCUUGUUUGCUUGCACCUCAGUUUCUUCGAUUUGUUGAUCUAACUUUUGCUCUCUCGAUCUUUCCCUUCAAUGGCCGCUAAAGGUCCUAAAGAGAGACAAAGCAUAGGGAAAGAAAUCAAAAGAGCUAAAGCAAAGUGAGUGGCGUCGUAGUUAAUUUAUCAGUGUUUGAAGAAUUGAUUGCUAAAGGACCCAACUCUGGAGAGAAUUUUUUUUUGUCUGGGGGUUUUAUCUAGCCUGAGGUUUGUGGGUUGCGAUUGAUUUGUUUGGAUUUGAUAUGGGUGGGUGUUUUCCUUGUUUUGGAUCAUCAAACAAGGAGGGUAGUGGUGGUGGUGCCGUCAAAGAAGUUGCCAAGAAGGAUUCGGUCAAAGAAGGCUCAGUCGCCCUGUCUCAUCAUGUUGGUAGAGUUAGCUCAGACAAGUCAAAAUCUCAAAAUGGUUCUGAUCCUAAGAAGGAGCCAGCAAUUCCUAAAGAUGGACCAACUGCUAAUAUUGCAGCACAAACAUUUACAUUCAAAGAGCUUGCUGCUGCAACAAAGAACUUCAGACCCGAGUGUCUGUUGGGUGAAGGGGGCUUUGGACGUGUUUAUAAAGGUCGUUUGGAGAGCACUGGACAGAUAGUUGCUGUAAAACAGCUGGAUCGGAAUGGCCUUCAAGGUAAUAGGGAAUUUCUCGUGGAGGUUCUAAUGCUCAGCCUCCUGCACCAUCCCAACCUCGUUAAUUUGAUUGGUUAUUGUGCUGAUGGGGAUCAACGCCUCCUUGUUUAUGAGUUUAUGCCACUGGGAUCUUUGGAGGAUCACUUGCAUGAUCUUCCACCAGACAAGGAGCCUCUGGACUGGAACACGAGGAUGAAGAUUGCAGCUGGUGCAGCUAAGGGGUUAGAGUACUUACAUGACAAAGCAAACCCACCUGUCAUUUACCGAGACUUGAAAUCAUCCAACAUCCUUCUCGAUGAGAGCUAUCACCCAAAGUUAUCUGAUUUUGGACUUGCAAAGUUGGGUCCUGUUGGUGACAAGACUCAUGUCUCUACACGGGUGAUGGGAACAUAUGGUUAUUGUGCCCCUGAGUAUGCUAUGACUGGUCAACUUACUUUAAAAUCUGAUGUCUAUAGUUUUGGAGUUGUCUUUCUUGAACUCAUCACUGGGCGCAAGGCCAUUGACAACAACCGUGCUCCUGGAGAGCAUAAUCUUGUCGCAUGGGCACGGCCACUUUUCAAGGAUCGUAGGAAGUUUCCCAAAAUGGCUGAUCCAUUUCUUCAAGGUCGUUAUCCAAUGCGAGGAUUAUAUCAAGCUCUUGCAGUGGCAGCAAUGUGCUUGCAAGAACAAGCAGCCACAAGGCCUUUAAUAGGCGAUGUUGUGACUGCACUCACUUACUUAGCUUCCCAAACAUAUGACCCUAAUACUGCCAAUCAAAGUAACAGAGUUGGGCCAUCUACUCCUAGGAACAGGGACGAUCCAAGGGGGAUGGCAGAUGGGCUGGAUAGCCCCGGUGAGCACCAACACGGUGGGCAGCAUGGCUCUCCUCAUAAAAAUUCAUCUGAUUAUAGAAAGCGUGAUGCUGCCAGGGAAUUAAGCACUGGCUCAGAGUUACGAAGGAGCGAGACUGGUGGUGGGUCUGGCCCUAAAUGGGGUUUGGAUGAUUAUGAGAGACAGGACUCUCAAAGAGAUGGCUCAGUAAAUAGCAGCAGAGCAAGGGAAACUCCCAGGAAUCGUGAUUUAGAUAGAGAGCGUGCAGUAGCAGCAGCAAAAGUUUGGGGUGAAAAUUGGAGAGACAAGAAGCGGGCAAAUGCACAGGGUAGCUUUGAUGGUACAAAUGAGUGAUGGUAGCACUAGAAGAAUUCAUGUUUCUUUGAUCUGGGCAAUGUACGCUGUUUGCUUCCAAGUGUCAUCAUGAAGAAAAAAGGAAGUUGCAGAUACAGCGUUCAUAACUGUCUUGGUUUCCAUUUCCACCAAUGGAAUAAGACUCGUUGUAUCCAACUUCGACAGCUGUUGUUUCGUCCUGUAUCAUUCAUGUAGUUGAGUAUGAAAUUGAAUGCUUCAAUUAUGUGGUUGAAGGGAACACAGAAUUAAAGCAAGGUUCAGGGCAAGUGGGUAGCGUUUGGUUUAUGAGGCGUAUACGGGAAACCCCCACUGCAGAAUUGAUGUAUACAUGUUAAUCUAUGUAUUUAGGACAUUUUUUUCCUUUUUCGCUUUUGUUUUUUUUUUUUUAAGUUGUCACCGGAGUAUAGCUAAUUUUUGUCCCAUGUAUCUGUCCUAAUUCGAGGAGACUUGGUGGGUUUGGUGUGGUGUCUCGUUGAUGUUAUAUUUUGUACUUAAUACCGUCUCGUGUAUGGAUUUCUGAGUCGGCUCAUGUUUCGGCAUAUACAGGAAGUUUUCAUCA